AUUGCUCCCGCACGCGCAGACUAAAGAACUGGACCGAGUUAAUCAAUUAUUACAAUAUUGCAAAAGGCACCUCUAAGACCAAACACACACACACGCAUGCAUAUUUUGAUCAAUUUAACGCACUCAGCUCUCAGGGUGAAAUGUCGGCAGACGAAUUCAACAGUGCACUGUCAUAAUAUUACAAUGGCUCUCAACAUAAAUCAAUCAGCAGUCAGUUCAGUCUUUCAAGACCACAACUGGUUUACAUUUAAACAAAACCCCAUCUAACAAACAAGCAACCGAGAUUAGGUCAUUUUCACAAUGCAAUUUGGAGAAAAUGACGGCUUUAGGUGAAAUGUGUGUUCUUAAUGCCGUUUGUCUAUCCUAACCUGGAGGCGCCGCUGAUUCAGAGCAGGAUGGAGAGGAGAGGGACUCUCCUGCGCACCGAGGAUGUGAUUGGCUAUUUGCACUGACAGCUCCCCCGUUGAUUGGCCAGGCACGGAAGCCCGACCCCCUUUCACUCCAGCAAGAGGACCAUUCAUAAACUAAACAAUUCCAGCACUCACGACUGAGUCUGGGCAACUGCACACUGGCGCACAGUUUUCAUGCGCAAACACAAGUGAGAGAGAUGAUGACAUGACGCUCGGAGAUUUAUCCCACAGCUGAUACAGGCUUGGCGAACAAGCACCUUUAAAACCCUUCCAAGUUGAUCUGGAAAAGUAGAGUCGCAUUGCGUUGCAUCUCUCUAUCCGUUUCCUGACCCAAACUUGACGUCUAUCCGCUGCGGGCGCAAACUUCGGUUUUUCUUCUUUUUGCUGGGAGUUUUGCCUCUGGCUUCACCGGUGCGCAUUGGAUCCAUCGGCGUACUGCGAAACUCCGGUCUACAGUCCGGAUCUGUGCCCAAACAUGAUUGCAACGCAAGCAAAGCUGGUUUACCAGCUCAAUAAAUAUUACAACGAGAGAUGCCAGGCGCGCAAAGCGGCCAUCGCCAAGACCAUUCGAGAGGUGUGCAAGGUGGUGUCGGAUGUGUUGAAGGAGGUAGAGGUCCAAGAGCCCCGUUUCAUCAGCUCUCUGAGCGAGAUAGACGCGCGCUAUGAGGGCAUGGAGGUCAUCGCACCCAAUGAGUUUGAGGUCGUGCUUUACCUGAACCAGAUGGGAGUCUUUAACUUCGUGGAUGACGGCUCUCUGCCGGGCUGCGCCGUGCUCAAGCUCAGCGACGGCCGCAAGAGGAGCAUGUCUCUGUGGGUGGAGUUCAUCACCGCCUCCGGUUAUCUCUCCGCCCGAAAGAUCCGCUCCCGCUUCCAGACCCUGGUGGCCCAGGCCGUGGAUAAAUGCAGCUAUCGGGACGUGGUUAAAAUGGUGGCGGACACGAGCGAAGUGAAACUGCGCAUUCGGGAGAGGUAUGUGGUGCAAAUCACCCCGGCCUUCAAGUGCACGGGCAUCUGGCCUAGAAGUGCCGCCCAGUGGCCCAUGCCCCACAUCCCAUGGCCCGGGCCCAACCGGGUGGCGGAGGUGAAAGCAGAGGGUUUUAACCUCCUCUCUAAAGAGUGCUACUCGUUAACGGGGAAACAGAGCUCGGCGGAGAGCGACGCCUGGGUCUUGCAAUUUGCUGAGGCCGAGAAUAGGCUUCUGAUGUCGGGCUGUAGGAAAAAAUGCCUCUCAAUUCUUAAGACUCUCCGUGACCGACACCUUGAGCUGCCGGGGCAGCCGCUCAAUAACUACCACAUGAAGACCCUGCUGCUGUACGAGAGCGAGAAACACCCGCGGGAGACCGACUGGGAUGAGUCGUGCCUCGGCGACCGUCUGAACGGCAUUCUGCUGCAGCUCAUCUCCUGUCUCCAGUGCCGCCGGUGCCCACAUUACUUCUUACCCAAUCUAGACCUGUUUCAGGGUAAACCACACUCAGCGCUGGAGACAGCGGCCAAACAAACCUGGAGACUGGCCAGAGAAAUCCUUACCAAUGCUAAAAGUUUGGAUAAACUGUAAGAUGCAAAUAAACGAAAAGAAAAACAAAGGACAGUUUGUCGUUUAAUAUGAACGGGACGUUUGAGAUCACAUCACUGAAAGUGGCGAGACUGUGAUCUUGGUGCUCAGAAAUGAAUCCGAGAAUUUUUUGUUUGAAUUAUUAUUAUUUUAUUUUUAUUUUUUAAAUAAAAUAAAAAACACGAAGCAUUUGCUUUUGCCAAGGUUCUAACGGGACAUUGCAAGAGAGAGAGAGAGAGAGAGAGAGAGAGAGAGAAGUUAAGGUACAUUUUAAGCUAAUUGAAAUGAUUUUGUUAUUUGUUUGAACUCUUUUCACAAAGUGAAAAUUUUAUUUAAAUAUAUGCACAAGAUCUUUAAUUGAGAAUUACAAAAUGUAGCAUACCAAGUUCAAUUUUUUCCAUGAUGUGACCGAAAAUUGAAAAGUAAUAAAAUCAUGACACGAUGAUAUUUAAACUUGGCAUUUGUCAUUACUGAAUUCACAAACAAACCUCGUGGCCUAAUG